UUUAGUUCCGUCCUUUAAGUGCCAGCUACUAUCACGUGUAGUAUUAAGUAUUGAGGCGGCAACUACAUUGUCAAGCAAAACAUGCAAUACGUACUUACAAUAACUGUAAGUAACUGACUGACUCAGCAGCCGGCCGGUUAAGCCAGUUUUGUAGUCCCCUCCUCGCGUCUCCCCUCCCUUACAUUGCAUGCCAGUCAACUUACGCAAGCGCAGUUCAGGCAUGCAAUCUGGCAAGAGGGGCGGGGGCUUGAUACUGCAUGCCAAGGAAUGUGUGAACGCACGCGAUAGCUCCGGGCAUGCUAGUAGCUGGCUCACUGCCGUCGUUUGCGAACGUGUGUUGUGAUUAAACAAAACCUAAUUAGUAAUCAUGCCACGAUGGGGAGACGAAAAGACUAUCAAGUUCAUACGAUUAUACAAAGAUCACGAAUGUCUUUGGAAUUCGGGCAACCCAGCGCUUUAUAAAAACAAACAAGCACGUGACAAUGCCUACAUGCAAAUUAUAGAUGAAAUGAAUGAGUUUGACAUGACCAUCCAGGAUGUGAAGAACAAAAUAAAAGGUUUGCGAAGUACCUACCACCAAGAACUGAAUAAAAUUAAGAAUUCCAAAAGUUCUGGAGCCGUGGAAAGUGAUGUUUAUAAACCUAGUUUGAAGUGGUUUGGAGAAAUUGAUUUUUUAAAAGAUACUUUUCAAAAGACAAUAUGUUUCGAGAUACAACAGGCUUCUCCUCAAACAAGUAUCGAAACACUCAAGCGAGAGCGGCCUUCUUCUGAAAGUUCUGAAGCACUGGAACAACCUCAGAAGUCUCCUCGUAUAAGUGAAGCACUCGAACCACAAUCACAUUCCAGUCAAAAACAUUCAAAUAAGCGAUACCGAAUGGUUGCAAGAAAAAGAAUUCAGAAUAGAACAAAAUGUGCAGAACCUCACAAUGAAAUUAUUAAUUCAUUGCAAAGACUGGAAAAAAAUAUCACAACGGUAGACUAUAAAGACGAGUUUUAUUAUUUUGGUCAAAGUGUGGCAGCACAGUUAAGAUCGUUGCCAUUAAGUAAUGCAAUGGAAAUGGAAUCGAAAAUUCAAAUGUUGUUGUCCACGGAGAGAUGUCAGUUACUACAAAAUGAUUUAUCCUAGGAAGAGCAUUCAGAGCAAUGAACUUUCAAUUUGGUUAAUUUUAGGCUCUUCCAAAAGUUCCAACUCUACAUAAUGCACGUUCUUCUUUCAUUUAUCUCAACCUAAUUAGUAGUGCAGUCAAUUUUUUGAUGAUGUGUUCUUUGAGUUUUAAUGUAGGUACUCUACUCAAGUCUUGAAUAAAAAUCAUAAUAAUACCUACAUAAGAAAACUGUUUUUCUUUCAUAUGUAAAAGAAAACUGAACCGCUUUAUAAAUAUCGCAAGUAGGUAGCAGUAGUGAAGUGAGCACAGCUACUUAGUAAAAUAUGUACCUAUAAUAUUUACUGAACCUGUUGCACUACGCACUACGGACCUGAACACGACUGUACGGAUGUGAUGCUAAUGUGCGAUUGAGGAUGCUGUGCUAACCCUUGAUAAUUUGAGAACCGGCCGUAAAUUAUUAUUAUGCCCGGUUCUGCAAUACCAAACCGAUUUCAGACGUGAUAACUCAUCAGAUGUUUUUUAUCUUGAUAUCUGGGAGUCAAUAUCUCAAUACCUAUCGUUAUUUUACUAGCAGACAUACACCUGUUUAUAAUUACCUAACCUUGAAAAUAUUUUAAUGAUAAAAGUGUAGCUUUACUCCGUCUGAAGAUACGAUGAAGACAAUGAUAUCGCAAAAAUCGAGUACUUUUUUCUUAUUAUAAUUUAUUUAUGUGUGAAAAAGAUUUUUGGUUAAUUAAAUCUCUAUUUAUUUUGUGAGUUAGCAAAUAAUAAUGGAUAUUGUAACAAUAACUUUAUGGAUAAAAUAUAGAUAUUGUUAAUAAUUAACUAUGGAUAUUGUCAUGUAAAGUCAAUUUUGGCUGGUC